AAAGUUAAAAAAAACCAUCCUCGAAUCGAAGCGAAAGGCGUCUUCAUAAACGUCGUUCGUGAAUAUCUUAUUUGCUCUUCGUUUUUCUUCAAAAUUUUUAGGGUUUCUUUGCUUCGACAAUGAGAGAGUGCAUUUCGAUCCACAUCGGUCAGGCCGGUAUUCAGGUCGGCAAUGCCUGUUGGGAACUUUACUGCCUCGAGCAUGGCAUUCAGCCUGAUGGCCAGAUGCCAGGUGACAAAACAAUUGGCGGAGGAGAUGAUGCGUUCAACACCUUUUUCAGCGAAACUGGUGCUGGGAAGCAUGUGCCUCGUGCUAUUUUUGUCGAUCUUGAGCCUACUGUCAUUGAUGAAGUGAGGACUGGCACUUACCGCCAGCUCUUUCACCCUGAGCAACUCAUCAGCGGCAAGGAAGAUGCUGCCAACAACUUUGCUCGCGGCCACUACACAAUUGGCAAAGAGAUUGUUGACCUCUGCUUGGAUCGCAUCAGGAAACUUGCUGACAACUGCACUGGCCUUCAGGGUUUCCUUGUUUUCAACGCUGUUGGUGGUGGUACUGGUUCUGGUCUUGGAUCACUUCUUUUGGAACGUCUUUCUGUUGACUAUGGCAAGAAAUCAAAGCUCGGUUUCACUGUUUAUCCCUCACCCCAAGUCUCUACUUCUGUUGUGGAGCCCUAUAACAGUGUCCUCUCAACCCACUCCCUUCUCGAGCACACUGACGUUGCUGUGCUUCUGGACAAUGAGGCCAUCUAUGACAUCUGCAGGCGCUCCCUUGACAUUGAGCGCCCUACUUACACCAAUCUGAAUCGCCUUGUCUCUCAGGUGAUAUCUUCACUUACUGCCUCAUUGAGGUUUGAUGGAGCUUUAAACGUUGACGUGACUGAAUUCCAGACCAACCUUGUGCCCUACCCCAGAAUCCAUUUCAUGCUCUCCUCAUAUGCUCCUGUCAUUUCAGCUGAGAAGGCCUUUCACGAGCAGCUUUCCGUGGCAGAGAUCACCAACAGUGCCUUUGAGCCUUCAUCGAUGAUGGCUAAAUGUGAUCCCCGCCAUGGCAAGUACAUGGCCUGUUGCCUGAUGUACCGUGGAGAUGUUGUGCCCAAGGAUGUGAAUGCAGCUGUGGCCACCAUCAAGACCAAGCGAACAAUCCAGUUUGUUGACUGGUGCCCAACUGGGUUCAAGUGUGGCAUCAACUAUCAGCCGCCAACUGUUGUUCCCGGAGGUGACCUCGCGAAGGUGCAGAGAGCUGUGUGCAUGAUAUCUAAUUCAACCAGUGUCGCUGAAGUCUUCUCCCGCAUUGACCACAAGUUUGAUCUCAUGUAUGCUAAGCGAGCCUUUGUGCACUGGUACGUUGGUGAGGGCAUGGAAGAAGGAGAAUUCAGUGAAGCCCGUGAGGAUCUUGCUGCCCUAGAAAAGGAUUACGAGGAGGUUGGUGCUGAGACUGCCGAAGGUGAUGAAGGUGACGAAGGAGAUGAAUAUUGAUUUUUGAAGGUCUAUUGUGUGCUCAUCAUGGUUUCCUUAUCAUUUUCUGUUAUUAUAUGUUCUAAUGGUGGAUUUGUCCUGGUUGUGAACUUCUUGUGCUCAAGAGUUGUUUGGUAUUAAGAAUAUGUGCUUCACUAAUUUGUAUAGCACCUGGGGGUCCUCCUUUGUGGGUCCCAAACAUUUUCCUUUCCUUUUAUGUUGUGUUAAGAGUUUAUAUUUUAAGAAUAGCUUUGUCAAAAGCAGACCAUGUU